GUUCUGAGGAGGUGUGGGGAAAUUCUCCCCUGAUGUCUCACGGAAGGAUUAAUAUAGGAUGGAAAGGCUGACAUCAUACGUACAUCAUACACAUUUAGGUUCCACACUGGACAGGAUUUAUAUCAGACACAGUGCCGAGAGUCGAUCACAGCAAAGAGAGAAGAAGAACAGCAUCAUCCUCCUCGUCCUUUCACUGACAGCAUCAUGAAGACUCUGUGCAUCACUCUGGGGCUGCUGCUGCUCAUCGCCUGCUGCUGCGACGCCAUGCCUACAGCUGUUGAAAUCAGCAUGGCACCUGGAAACUGCUGCUUCGGCUUUUACAACCGCGGUAUACAUGUGAAGAGGGUAUCCACCAUUACCAAGACCCACAGCUCCUGUCUGAAGCAGGCAUUCAUAGUCCAGACUAUCAGAGGAAAACACAUCUGCUACAGUGGAUCUUUCCAGUGGGCUCUGGAUCUCUACAAUCAACUGCACAACACUGAGGGCAGCGGUCAGCAGCCAUGA